AUGGACGCGCCGCCGACGACGACCGCGGAGGCCCCCGUCGUCGCGACGGACCCGCCCGCGCCGUUCUUGAGCGCGGAGUCGUCGUACGACGCGGACCCGCCGCCGCCGCCGCCGCCCGGGGAGGACGACGCCGCGGACGCGAACGCGGAGGAGACGAAAUCGAGAUCGCCGGAAGCGGACGGGGACGGCGAUUCCGCGACGCCCGCGCCCGCCGUCGUCGACGCGGACGACGACGCGACGCCGAUGUCGCCCGCGGACCCGCUGUUCGCGACCGGGGCGGCGAUCCAGGAGGACGCCUCCGACGCGCCCGACGUCGACGCCGCGGCGCCGCCCGCGGCGACCGCGCGUCGUCGACCGCAGACCGCGCGUCCGUCGCGAGGAGGGGCGUCGUCCGCGAGCGCGAGCGAGUCGUCGAAACCCCUCCCUGGGAAACCCUCGAGCGCGUCGUCGCGCCCGAAGAGCGCGAUGCGCCCGGCGAGCGGCCUGAAGUCCUCGCGUCCGACGAGCGCGGCGUUAACAUUCUCCGCGUCGGACUUCCCGAAAACCUGGGGCUCCCGCCCCGGCACCGCGAAGACGGACGCCUCCGGGAAGACGAACUGGUCGUGGGCCUCCUACCAAUCCUGCCCCGCGCCCUACGAACAUCUCAUCCCGUCGCGAUGGAAAGACGGGACGCUCUCGAAGGACGAAGCGAGCGCCCUGGGCGACCGUCUGUAUCGCGACGCGAAGCGAAGGCACGCGAGCGCGGUCGAUAGGAUGAACGUUCAGCCGGCGAAGACGCGGUGGAGCGGCCGCGAACGAAAGACGCGGGAAGAGCUCGCCGAGGCGUUCGAUCGCCUCGCCGCCGACGGCGUGAGGCGCGUUCUAUCUCACACUGAUCCCCAUACGACCGCGUCGGCGUGGUGA